AGAGAAGACUGUGCACACUUCUCUCUGCAUCCAUCCCAAGCAGCACAGCUCCGUUGGUCUUCCUACUCUGCUCAACUCCUCUUGGAAGAAGCAACCAUGUCCCGGCAGUCCGUCUGCAGAAGCUUUGGAGGUGGCAGCAGAAGGGGCUACAGCUCUUGCUCUGCCGUUGGCGGUGGCUUUGGAGGAAGUGGGGGCAGAAGCAGGAUCAGCUACAGCUCCUUCUCCACAUCCCGGGGAACUGGAGGCGGUGGACGCUGUGGAGGUUUCAGCAGCAGGAGCCUCCAUAACAUGGGUGGCAGCGGAAGGAUUUCCAUGGGUGGCUCUUAUGGCGGUGGAUACGGAUGUAGAAUUGUUGGCCUUGGUGGAGGCUAUGGAGGAGGAUUUGGCAGCAUUGGAGGAGGUGUAAUUGGUGGAGGAGUAGGCAGCUUUGGUGGCCCUGUGAGAGGUGGCCCUGGGUUCCCUGGAGGCAUCCAACCGGUGCAGGUUGACUCAAGCCUCCUGCGGCCGGUCCAUGUUGACAUUGACCCUCAGAUCCAACAAGUGAAGUGCCAGGAGAAGGAACAGAUCAAGACCCUUAACAACCAGUUUGCCUCCUUCAUUGACAAGGUGCGCUUCCUGGAGCAGCAGAACAAGGUUCUCUCCACCAAAUGGGAACUCCUGCAGCAGCAAGGGCCCUCAGGGCCCAGGAAGAACCUGGAUGUCAUCUUUGAGAAUUACAUCCAGGGCCUGAGGAGGAGGUUGGAGUCUCUGUUGGGACAGAGGGGAGAGCUGGAAUCCGAACUGCAGAACAUGCGCCAAUAUGUGGAGGAGUACAAAACCAAGUAUGAGGAAGAGAUCAACAGGCGCACUGCUGCUGAGAACGAGUUUGUGGUGCUGAAGAAGGAUGUGGACUGUGCCUACAUGACCAAGGUGGAGCUGGAAGCCAAAGUGGGAGCUCUGACUGAUGAAAUCAGCUUCCUGCGGUGCAUCUAUGAGGAGGAACUGGCUCAGAUGCAGACAAUCAGCCGGGACUUGUCUGUGGUGGUGUCCAUGGACAACAACCGGCACCUGGAUCUAGACAGCAUCAUCGAGGAAGUCAGACGCCAGUAUGAGCAGAUUGCCCAGAACAGUCGGGCUGAAGCUGAGGCUUGGUACCAGAGCCGGUAUGAGGAGCUGCAGACCACUGCCGGAAGGCAUGGGGAUAGCUUGCGCAACACCAAGAUUGAGAUCCAGGAGCUGACCAGGAAUGUCCAGCGGCUGCGGGCUGAGAUUGAGAACGUGAAGAAGCAGAACCAGCAGCUGCAGGCAGCUAUUGCUGAGGCUGAGGAGCGGGGUGAGAUGGCCCUGAAGGAUGCUAGGAGGAAAUUGGAGGAGCUGGAAUGUGCCCUGAGCAAGGACAAGGAAGAGCUGGCUCGCCUGCUGAAGGAGUACCAGGAGUUGCUGAACAUCAAGAUUGCCCUGGAUGUGGAGAUUGCCAUGUACAGGAAGCUGCUGGAGGGAGAGGAGAACAGGCUCUGCGGAGACAACCCAUCCAACGUCAAUGUCUCUGUGGUCGGCAGAACCACCAUUGCUGGAGGCAGAGCUGGAGGCUUUGGUGCCGGCAGUGGCGUGGGAGGAGGAGUGUGCACAGUUGGAGGAGGAAGCAUCAUCGGGGGUAGCUGUGGGGUGGGAGGAGGUGUGUACAAUGGGGGCUUCUCCUCCGGGAGUGGGAGGAUGUGUAGCUCUGGAGGUGGCACCUUCAUUCCCACGGGAGCAUCCUCGGUCCGGAGAUGUGUCACUACCACAACGGUGAAAUCUUCGGGCGUGAAGUACUGAGCCCCAAACUCAGUACUGCCAAGGAAAGAAGCAUCGCCCGCCUCCAGCCUGCGGCACAUCCCCUCGCACCCAGACCCAGAAUCCUGCAAAGAAAUGAAGCAUUCCGCCUCCUCCCUGGAGGCAAACAGCAGCAGAACACCACCCUCUUGGCACAGCUGCUCCUCUCCCCACUCCACCAGUCUUCAGGGAUGAAACAUUUAUGGCCCCACUAGGAAAUAUCUCCCUCGGGGUUACCCAUCACCGGAGAGUUCAUCCAAGAUCCCUCCCUCCCUCGUGCCAGGCUGGCUGAGCAGAAGCGUGAGCGGAUCUGCUCUUUCCUUUUCCUUCUGAGGUCUCUUUUUCAAUGGCCAUGUUCUCCUUUGCGCUUCCCGCGCGUCCUGCAUGUUGCCCACAUGCUUGUUUCAGCUGUAUUCAUGGAAGCAGAAGAAAAGUGGCAAUGCCCCAUUGUCAGGCUUAGGAGUGAGAAGCAGUUCUCCAGAGGAUUCGGCAGCUUUCAUAUUUUAUAGAUUUGUUUUGCUCUUCUCCUUCACAGCUGACACGUGCAUAGCCCUUUUGCAAUCCUUCUGCUACCGGAAUUUUACUGCCUUGCUGCUUUCUACCAACACCCCUUCCCCUGAGUUCUUUCAUUACCAAUAAACUGCAGACAGGUGAAAAGA